AUUUCAGUGGAUGAGACGAGCCAACAGUCUAGUUGAGUGAAUACUCACUCUUGACUGACUCUAGUCGCAUAGACAAGCUAAAGAACAAGUAUGGCAAAUAAAUCGGUCUAUGAUUUCUCUGCUGAGACCCUGGAUGGACAGCCGGUUCCACUCAGUAACUACAGAGGUAAAGUGCUUCUCAUCGUCAACGUUGCAACAUUCUGAGGGUCAACAAUAGAGGAGUACCACCGACUGAAUGCACUCAUGGAAAUGUUUGGCCACCUCAAUUUCACUGUCUUAGGAUUCCCCUGCAACCAGUUUGGUCUCCAAUCUCCUGAGGUGAAUCAUGAAAUGCUCAAUAUUUUGAAGUAUGUCAGACCUGGUGGGGGCUUUGUGCCAAAGUUUCCCGUCUUCAGCAAGGUUGAGGUGAAUGGCUUAAACGAAGAUCCUCUUUUCACCUUUCUGAAGGAAUCUUUGCCAUUUGUCAACCCUGUUAUUGGAGACAUAAAGAAAUUCUACUGGUCUCCGAUCAAAGUCAAUGACAUUCGCUGGAAUUUUGAGAAGUUUCUCAUUACUGCAAAUGGCAUGCCCUUCAAAAGGUAUGAACUUCACUGUCCCAUUGUGCAAGUGGAAAAAGACAUAGCAGAACUUCUCUGAUGUUUUUUUUUAAAUAUGUCGCUGGUGGCAGAGUGACGAUCCCCCAGUAAAUGCACAAGUGCACCUGAGCUGGAUCUGAUGGGAAGAGGAACGUGUCUUGGAGCUUCAGUGCAUUCACUCUGAGAACAAGUUCCCUUCUGCCACUUAAUGCGUUUUCAUGUCACUGCCACAUUAUUCUUUAAUGUGAUGGUGUCUGCUAUUAAAAGAACAGAUGUAAAUAAAACACUGUAU